CAGUGUGGUCCUGAGAACGAUGGAGCCCGCUGCCCCUUGAACGUUUGUUGUUCUUCGGCGGGAUUCUGCGGAACAUCGAGUAUCUACUGCGGAGAUGGCUGCCAGUCAGAGUUCGGGAGCUGCUCUGUACCUACAGUCCCUUCUUGCUCUACUGACGGUAAGACGGCGACCAACGGACGCCGAGUAGGAUACUGGCGCGUACAGCAAGCAUGGGACCGUUCUUGCGAUGUCGUCCUUCCCUCCCAGAUCCAAACCAACGGGUUAACCCAUCUUAUCUUGGCGUUUGCCCAUUUCGACUCGGACAGUUUCGCAGUGGCCGCUUCAGACCCCAAAGACGUGCCCUUCUAUGAGCAGUUCACCGCUUUGCAGAGCAGCUCACUGAAGACGUGGAUUGCCAUAGGUGGCGGCGGUUUCUCUGUCGAAUCUUGGUCUUCCAUGGUGGCUACAUCGAGCUCCCGAUCCGCCUUCAUCUCGUCUCUCAAGUCCUUCUCGGAGACCUAUUCCUUCCAAGGUGUCGACCUGGACUGGGAAUUCCCCUCGACCGCCGACGCAGAUAACCUUGUCUCCCUCGUCCGGGAGCUCCGAGCCGCCUUUGGAAAAGAUUACGGCAUCUCAGCGGCAAUUCCAGCGGACUGGGGUAGCAUCCAGGGCUUCAACGCUGCCGGUAUGGCCAAAUAUGUCGACUUCCUUAACUUCAUGGCCUACGAUUUGCACGGUUGGGGGGUUGACUCCGGCGCGGCACAGAAGGUUGUGACGGACCAGGCCAGCAUACUUGAUAUCGCCAACGAUCUUAUGCCACUGUGGGCGAACCAGACCGACCCGGCACUCAUCAACCUCGGUAUCCCCUUGUACGGCCGUGGGUAUACCCUCUCCUCUUCUGAUUGCAAAACCGUUGGCUGUGAGGCGUCGGGGCCCAGCGAAGAGGGUUCUUGCGUCAAAGAUCCAACAGGCGUCAUGGUACUGAGUGAUAUCAAGACGGCCAUAUCGGCCAACAAAGCCACCGUUGCGCUUAACAGCACCUCCAUGCAGAAGCAUGCGACCUGGGGAGAUCAGUGGAUAGGCUAUGACGACGCUGAUACGUUGGCACUGAAGCUGUCAUGGGCUGAUGGAUUGUGCUUGGGAGGCGCCAUGUUCUGGGCGCUCGAU